CGCGGGAUCGGUCAUGGCGGUGGCGGCGGGGACCCUCACGCUGCCGGCAGUGGUGGAGGAGCUGCUGAGCGAGAUGGCGGCGGCGGCGCGGGACGGUUCGCCGAUUCCUGAUGAGCAUCUAUUAUCGCUGAAGUUUGUCUUUGGCUCAUCAGCCGUCCAGGCCUUGGACCUCGUUGAUCGCCAGUCCGUCACCUUAAUCUCAUCACCCAGUGGGAGGCGUGUUUACCAGGUACUUGGAAGUUCCGGUAGAACAUACGUGUGUUUGGCCUCUUGUCAUUACUGCUCGUGUCCGGCAUUUGCCUUCUCAGUGCUGCGGAAGGGUGACAGCCUCCUGUGCAAGCACCUCUUGGCAGUUUAUCUUAGUCAGGUUAUGAGGACCUGUCAGCAGCUGAGCGUCUCUGACAAGCAACUGACUGAUGUACUAUUGAUGGAAAAGACACAAGAAGCAUCAUAAAUGGCGCAGAUGGAGCAUCACUGUCUUUCAACAUAGGAGUCCUGUCCAGAGACACAUGUAGCUUGUCACGCGUGAUUCACGCGGCGGAGACGUGAACCAGACUUCUUGUCGCUGUCCUCUCCCCGCUGGGCUGCAGGAGACAUUGUGGGUUGGGCCCAGGAUGUGUGUAUGGUUUGAAACCCUCGUGCAAAGUCUGAACCAGCCUCCAAGCCCCUUGGGUAGAAAAUUUCCAGAUGGAAUCAAGCAUUUUAGACUCCAAAGCCUAACAUCAUGUCAUGAUCAUAAUUAGUCAGAUUCUUAAGUGACUAGAGUACUAGUCAUUUUUAAGAGGUUGGAACGGUAGGUGAAACAGCAAGCUGAAGUUUAGAUAAAUAAGCAUCAGUCCUUUUUCUUGGGUCCAGAAAAUUUUUCUGCAGUAAAAGAUGAGAGCGGAGAUGUGGCUAAAUGGCAGCAAAGAUAAAAAGACAUCAGGGUUCUGGUUUCAGUGAGCUGCAGAAUCUGUGGUGUUGAGGCCAAAACAGCUGAUUCAAUAGGCUGUAUUGUGAGAAAGGUAGUACCUAGGACAAGGAAGUGCCGGUUUGCUCUGCCUGCACUUCUGAGCUUUGUAACAAGCCAGAUGAAGGAAGCUGAAGACGCUGCUGGGGAUUUCCAGUCUGAGGAAGAAAAGGCUGAGAGAUCCCAAGAGGAUGCUGGGAGGGAGAUCAGCGGGACUCGUCUGGACCCUAAGAGAGAGCAAAGGAGCGAUGACGGAUGGAAAGGAACACGAGACGGAUUUCGGCACAGGAUGGAACUUUUCACGGGGAAGGCUGUCCACAGCUGGAACGGGGUCCUAGAAGGACAGGCUUUCCUUGUCUCUCUAGGGGUUCGUGAGCCUGCAGCAUGCUCGCAGGGUUACUGCGGAAGGAAUUGAGUCGGCGGCCAGACAGGUGAAAUAGAUGGCUUUGCAGCCUCGGACACCAUCCAGCCCUGUGCCCCGAAAUAUGAGGCGCUAAUGAAUGACUGUGGGAAAGGCCGCAGGUGGCACAGGGCUCUGGGGUGGCAGAGCCUUCUCUCAGGUCGAGGUGUGGCGAAUAAAACCUAUCAAGACUGUGCUACUUGGCAA